GGCUGGGACACUAUGCAGGCCUAUCUAAUAAUAGACAGACGCUACCAUGUCGCUGCUGUCCCUCGCCUUUUUGCUGUUUUUCAGAGGGUUUACUUUUUCUGAGGCAGGCAACUGUGAAGUGUGUGUGGGCUUUCUCCAUAGACUGUAUGGCAGUGUGACCUCAACCCACAGAGAACUCACUCCCAGCCUGGUGGAGGAAGAGCUGAUCCAGGCCUGCAAUAACGCACAGGGGAAGGAGGCAAGGCUGUGUUACUACCUGGGAGCCAGUAGUGAUGCAGCAACCCGUGUCAUUGCAUCAGUGUCUCGACCUCUGGCCUCUCAUGUCCCUGUUGAGAAGAUCUGCCAACGCCUCAGUGGCAGAGACACACAGAUCUGUCAGCUCACAUACGAGCCUCAGCUGAAGGAUCUGAGCAGCGAUGGGCUCAAAAAGCUGAGAGUCGCAGAGCUGAGGAACAUCUUAGCCUCAUGGGGAGAAGAGUGUCGGGGGUGCCUGGAGAAACACGAGUUUGUCAGCCUCAUCCUGGAGAAAGCGCUACUGCAUGCUCACAGUAUGGAACUAUAAAUAGGAAUUAAUAUGUAAUGUGGAAUAAUUUAUCCACACAGCAAAAAGGCAACACACACUUAUAUUAAACCAUACAGACCUUGUUAAUAUAUUUAAAUGAAAAAUGUCACUGGAACGUAUUUGAUUUUUCAUUGUUAUGUUGAUGGACACUGCACUGUCCCAUACUGCAAUGCAUUACUGUUAACUAAUUCAUGUUCUCAAAUUACUUAAUUCAUAUAUGUUAAAUAAAUAAUGGCAGGUCAGAGGAACAAACUGCGACAACUAUUUCCACUGAUGUGCAGCUGACUGAUAGCCUUAGCACUGAUUCUUCGUUGUUUCUCGAACUUUUUAAAAGUAACAUAUAAUAUUGUCAUAUUACAUUCUAAGUACCACCAUUUUGGCCGAUACUGUAAAAUACAGUAGUGUAGACUGAUCCUAUUCAGCUACAGACAGUUCACGCAGGAGGCAAUAUUAUUCCUAAUAAGAUUAUUUAUUGUUGACUGUUGUUGAAACCUCAACAGAACCGAUUCAAGAACCAUAGAUGAUUUGGUAUAAAAGGGGUACUCCCGGUCCGAAUAGUUCCUUUUUGUUUCUGAACCAUUCAUUUUAGCUCCACUUACUAUCUUGCCAUCACAGUUUAGCUCAUAACUAAUCAUGGAUAAGAUAAGAUGUAGCACAGUCUUGUUUAAGUAUUUUCAUUCAAAAUGUAAUGUUUUUAAAUGAAUUAAUUACAUUUUUGAAAAUUAUUUCAGAGAUUCCUCAACAUACUUCUACAGGGAGCUUGCAUACCACCAGUGGUACAAGUAACAUAGUUUGAGAACCAGUGCUCGGUAACAUUUUAUGAAAAAGUAAAAAAUGGGUGACAUCUUUAAAUGUGCUUGUUUUGGAGGACAAGCUCUCUAAACCCCUAAGCGAUAUGAAUAAUAAAAAUGACAAACAGUAUAUUUUAAGAUGAAGUCAGUAAAUAUUUGGUGUUUGAUAUUUUAAAGCUUGAUAAAAAAAAUUGUUGUCAAUUCA